CAGCUGUGGUCCAUCCAUCUACGCAUGCGUAGAUAUUUCUUGCAGCCUCUUCGUUGGGCAUCCAUCCCAGGCCCACCAUGGACCAGAUCUCGUUGUCUGAGUUCCAUUAACGGAAGCCAGCCAUGCAAGCCCUCCCUACCGAGAGUCCGGGGUCAGCCCGGAGACAGGCGCUGGCAGACCACAGGCUCUGUUGUUAGUGAGCCAUCGUCGACCAUUUAUGCGUUGUCGACAGCCCCAGGUCGAGCGGCCAUUGCGAUUGUUCGAGUAUCUGGGCCAGCUUGUGUUCAGAUCUAUGACGCUCUCUGCCCCAAAAGGCCGCUCCCAAACCCUCGAGUUGCUGCUCUUCGCACCCUUUACGACCCUUCCGUUCCUCCCUCGGUCAACACCAUCCUCGACAGAGCGGUUGUGUUGCACUUCCCAGCCCCAAAUACCGUGACGGGAGAGGACGUGCUUGAAUUGCACAUCCAUGGCGGACCCGCCGUGGUAAAAGCAGUCCUCAAUGCAAUACCCCGAUGCGCGGGGGCUUUCUCCAACGAAAAGAUCGCCAUGCCCUCCAUCCGGUACGCGGAACCUGGUGAAUUCACCCGUCGCGCAUUCCUCAACGACCGUCUAUCUUUACCCCAGAUCGAAGCACUGGGGAAUACGCUUUCUGCGGAAACCGAGCAUCAGCGCCGUUUAGCGGUUCGAGGAACGAGCGGUUCUCUCGCGUUUAGGUACGAGCGUUGGCGACAACAGCUGCUUUAUGCCCGCGGAGAGAUGGAGGCGCUGAUCGAUUUCUCGGAGGAUCAGCAUUUCGACGAGUCAAUCGAGGAUUUCGUGUCCUCCAUUACCGGCGAAGUUCGUAAUUUGGUUCGACAAAUUAACCUGCACAUUGAGAACGCUUCCAAGGGCGAACUAUUACGGAGUGGCAUUCGAAUCGCGCUUCUCGGGGCCCCCAAUGCUGGUAAGAGCUCGUUGCUGAACAGAAUUGUCGGGAGAGAAGCUGCUAUUGUAAGCAGUGAGGAAGGGACUACAAGGGACAUUGUGGAUGUUGGUGUUGAUAUCGGUGGCUAUUUCUGCAAGUUUGGGGAUAUGGCUGGGUUGCGAUCUGACCACAUAGCCCGGUCUGGCUCGAUGCCCAUUGGUGCAGUGGAACAAGAAGGGAUUCGAAGAGCCAAGGCACGCGCACUGGAAUCGGACGUUGUGAUUGUGGUUCUUUCAUUGGAGGAAUCUGAUAACGGGACUGGCGUCAAGUUGGUCCUCGAGCCGGAAGUUGUUGACGCCGUUCGCAGUUGUAUAGCCCUUGAGAAGCACAUGAUUGUGGCAGUUAACAAGUUUGACAAAUACUCUCCAACCACCUAUACGGCUAGAACACAGCAAGAACUUGUGGAUAGCUUGACUGAGGAAAUCUCAUCCGUGGAACCCCGCCUUACCCAAGAUCAGAUUUUCCUAAUUUCGUGCAGGGAGGCCGAGAACGAGGUAUCCAAAGAGGCCGACCCCGGCAACAUACAAAAAUUUCUUGGGGAACUAAUUCGGACUUUUAAAAGGAUGUCGACGCCGUCUGAAUUGGAUAAUGGAAAUGAGCAAUUUGAUAAAUUAUACUGGGAAGACUCGCUGGGAGUCACCCAUCGACAAAGAUCUAAUUUACAAAAAUGUGUCCAGCACUUAAACGACUUUCUAUCCCAAACGUGCCAAACUCCUGAUAAUGCUGCAAACGCUGAACAAAUUGAGGUGAAUUUCGAUAUUGUAACAGCGGCGGAACAUCUUAGGUUCGCGGCCGAUUGUCUGGCGAAAAUCACGGGUCGUGGGGAGAGCGGGGACGUGGAGGAUGUUCUAGGAGUUGUAUUCGAAAAGUAUUCCCUCCCACCAAUUGGCCCACACUUCCAUUCGUGACAACAGCCGAGAUACUGACGAUGAAACCGCCCACAGAUUCUGUGUCGGCAAAUGAGUGUAGUAGGUUUCAGUUCCGUCAAAAAAAAAAUCUAAGAACGGCAAAAUAACCCGUAAUCAAAAACUCCGUCGUCGCGUCGUAAAGCGAGCUUUAGAACGUCUAUCCCACCAAUCUAUCUUGCCUUUCCUCCUCUUGACUUCCUGUCGCAAAUUCAAGACUUGCCCCUCCGUCCACACUCUUCUCAUUCACGCUUCGGCUAUGAAUCGUCGUUAUCGCCAUCGUUCACGUCAUUGUAACCGCCCCGUCCUUGCAAAUAUAACUGUGUCAUGGUGUUUGAGGAUAUAGAUCGCUCGAUAGGACAGUUGUAACCACCACGUCCCAUCGGUGUUUGCAUUCGGAUAGAGCGCAGGCUGCGCGAAAGGUUGCGUCUGUGUUGCACGUGGGUGUUGCUUUGAUGACUCUAAUUUGCGGCCGAUUGAUUUGGAAUGAGAUCGAGACGAUUUUGACUCGGUCGUGGAUUCCCCGGGCUGCUUUACGUUGUAAAUGCUGCUUCAGUUGUAACCUCCACGGCCCAUGUGGUGUAUUCUCGUUGGUUGUCGAUAUGACUCUGGCUUUUGGUUUGGAGUCUUUAGUCCAGAUAAAGAUGAUAAAUAUAUCAAUAAAGGAAGUUUCGAGAUAAAAUCAAACAAAAAGUAUUUUAUAAAGUUGG